GUCAACUACCUUAGCUGGAUGAAGUACGUCCCCUUCAGCGGCUACCACGCCUUGGGGGACUGUGUGCGACAUCUUGAGAACGGUCUCUUCACCAAAGAAUGCGAGGAGCACCAGAAGGUCUUCGACCCAACCGCAGCCCCAGAGAUCUCAUCGAGGCAUUCCUCCUGGAGUUGCAUAAGAAACAACAGGAGAAGGUGGAAAAUAAUGGUGAAGAUAUGGCACCAACGGGUUUCAACCAUCAGCAGAUGCUGCAUUUCAUCGCUGACGUCUUUGCAGCGGGUACUGAUACGACAGCUUCAACCCUGAAGUGGUCACUCAUUCAUUUGAUGAAGUUUGAGGAUGAGCAGCGGAAGAUACAAGAAGAGCUUGAUCACGUGAUAGGACGGGACAGAAUGCCAUCUCUCGAGGACAAACCAAACCUACCUUACACUCAAGCCUUCUUAGCGGAGAGCUUGCGAUACGGUUGCGCAGGCCCUCUAGGUGUUCCUCACGGAGCGAAGGAGGACACGAAGCUCCGCGGCUACGACAUUCCCAAGGGGACCGUGAUCGUCGCGAACCUCUAUGCUGUGCUUUACGACCCAAAGGUAUUUCCUGAACCAGACAAGUUCAAUCCAUCACGAUUCAUCGAUGACGAAGGCAGAGUAAAGACGUCGCUGAUUGAAAGGGCACAUUCUCAAUUUGGAAUAGGCCGACGACAAUGCGUUGGCAUGGACAUGGCUCUUAUGGAACGCUUUGUCUUUAUCACAAACCUCAUUCAUCGCUUCAACGCAAGGGCACCAAACGGACCCGACUCCGUCACCAUUGACGCAAGGGGUGGACUGGCCUUUGUGCCCAUGCCAUUUGAGAUGCAGCUGACGGAGCGAUAGCCUGCCUGAUCAACAGUAUUUCUUUCCUUUCAAAGCGCACGCUGCAUUUAAAAAAAAAGCUGAGGCCAAGUAGAAAUGACAGCAUACGCUAUUCAUUCAAACAAUGUUUGCACAAAUUUACGUUUUGUAUGAUGUCACCCACAUGUGGCGCGUCAAUGACUGCACUAUCAGCAUCAUCAGGUCCAUUGUAAACGAAGCGUUGUUUCUAUUACGCCAUUUGAACACGGACAUUCAACCACACAAAAACGUCGUACAUUAAGAACUAGGCUAUUCAUCCACGAAAAAACAGGUAAAGCAAUCUAAACAAACCAAUUAGUGCGUACAGACCAUCAAUGUUUGCAAACCGUGCAAAGCCGCCAUUUUCAGAGCCCAAUCUUAUAAACAGUUGCGAUUAAUCACAAUUUACAAACGAUAUAGAAGACUGCAAACUUGCGUUCGAUUAUAGGAAUUGAGGUUAAUUAGGAUCAAUCGCAACUCGUUAUAAGACGGGGCCAUGGAGGGGUCUGUUUCUGAUAGUUUACUUUGACAUCAGUUUUGCUGAACACUAAUCAAUUGGCGCCCUCUGGCUGAAAAGUCGGAAAGGACACGUUGUGUAAAAUGGAGUUUCAUGUCAUAUUUAGGCCUUCUUAAUGAAAGAUGCUCAUUCAGUAGAAAACGUUUAAAAACACCUAAAACACAUGAUUAUAUCACUUUUGCUUUGCUUUUCAGCUUUAGGUCUUACUGAUAU